AUGGAGGAUGAUUCACUGAUUCCACGGGUAGAUCCGGUCUUCGCCGAGAUGAACAAGAAUCUUGGCAAACCGCCACUGAUUGUUGAUCUUCGGCCUAUCAAUAGCCCCAUGGUCCUGGUUACAAGCCAUGAGAUUGCUGAGCUGCUAGCCAAGCCUUCAAGUCUCUUCCCAACCAGCGCUCCUAAGACAAGCCUGGAUGAUUUUCAUCAUGUAAUUGGCACAAGAUCAAUUCUGGCUCCAGUAGGAGAGAAUUGGAAAGCUCUUCGCAAGAUAUUCAAUCCAGGGUUCUCGCUGCAGCACUUGUUUACACUACUGCCCGCCCGCGAAGGCAAAACUUCACUCUUCCGCGAUCACCCCGAAAGACAUGCGCGAACGGAGAACGUGUUUCCAAUACAGCCUCUCGUUGUCAACCUUACAUUUGACGUAAUAGGGGCCGUGGUCAUGCUUUGA